AUGAGGCCCUGGACGCUGCUGCUCGCGUUGGCGGCUCUGCUGGCGACGACCGCCUUCGCCGACCCGCGCGAGGUGGAGAAUGCCGAGUACGCCCCCCUUCCCCUCACAACCCCCACACCUCUACUGAAGGAGGAGUUCGGCGACGACUUUGACGACGAGCGCUCGAUCCCGGCGCUGGGAGAGCUGGAGCAGCACGUCAAGUUCGAGCUGGAGCACCGUCUGGCCGUGGACGCGCCCUUCACGCCGCGCGGCGUUGUGGAGAUCGUGGCCAGCGCGUCCUCCCCCAAGCCCAAGGUAUCCUUCUCGGCGCUGCCCGCGCUGAGCGGCGACGACGUGGACAAGCUGGAGACGCUGCUGCGUCGCGGCCGCCACUACACGGUGCGCGCCAAGGCGGACGCGGCCGACCCGGACUCGCCCUACGUCACGGCCUCCGUGCCCAUGUGCAUGCUGGCAGCCAUGCGGCUGCGCGAGGACUUCGCCUUCCACCUGUCGGAGAGCGGCAAGCUCGUGGCCAUCGAGUACCUCACGCCCUACCUGGCCUCGGACGCCUGUGCUGAGCAACAGGCCCGCAGCCUCAAGGACGUGCGCUUCGGCCCAUUUGGCACCGUCUUGAAGGCGCAGACCGGCCCCUCGUACGUGUGA